AUGGAUCCAACGACACAACCAGACGAAAGAACCAGUCUUUUACGUGAUGAGGCUGAAUUUCAACGACAACUUGAGGAAGAUGCUUUUGAAAUAAUAACAUCAACUGGAAUUCAAAGAACUCAUAAUGUUUUUAGAACAAAACCGCCGCGUAUCGUUGCAUUGGAUGUAUUUCGUGGAUUUAUGAUGCUUUUACAAUCUGUCGAGCAUGCCAGAAUCUUUUUAACAAAUCGUGAAAGUCAAGCUCAAAUUGAAAUAUGGUAUUCUCAACCAUCAUAUACGAAAGCUUUUAAUACUUUAAUAAGAAUGGUAACACAUUUAGCACCUUUAGGGUUUGCUUUUGUGAUGGGUAUUGGAAUUGUUUUAUUCUCACAAUCACGAAUAAUCAUUGG